AUGGAUUGUGAGAUACGCUUGUCGUUACUACGACCGCCAUUAUCAUUAGCAUUUGGUGUAAUGUUUGUUGUGGUGUCAGUGUUAAUUGUAGCGCCUAAUACUUUGGUUUUGAUAAUGCUAUAUAGAGGAAAUUUUACUAGAAAGUCCUACAAGUUCUUCGUGUCGCUUUCAUUAUCAGAUGGACUUUGUGGUCUAACAUGCGCUCCAUUGUUGGCUUGGCAGUUGUUCCAUGAAGAAGCUCGGGUGAAUUGCCACAUAGAAUUGAUUAGAAGAUAUUUUGUUAUGUUGUUUUCUGGCUCGUCUGGUUUGAUGUUGGCUGUUAUAGCAUACGACAGAUAUAUUUCUCUGACUAAGUUGAAUAACUACGACCUUUACAUGACCAAAAUAAAAUUCCGAUUCCUUGUGGCAAUUUGUUGGAUUUGUCCCGCACUGAUUCCUUUAUUGAGAUUUGCAGGUCGUAUGGUUUAUAUGAGUUUGGGAACAAUAAUAUUUUUAUUCGGAAGUUGUUCUUUGUUUAUCAGUUACUACUGUGUUGGAAAAGCAGUGAAACAACACAAGAUAUGCAUGAAAAAAUAUCAAAGGGAUUUCACAAUACACCACAACAGUAGAACCACUAUCAGUAAAAAUUUUCAAGUUAGUAAUGAUGGAUAUCAAAACAUUGAGAAGACAGUACUUCUAUUAAUCAUUUGCCAUCUAAUUUGCAUUUUGCCAAUGUUUUGUUGGGGUACCCUGGAGAUGCUGAGUAUUUCAUAUCAAGUUGUCGAUCUCAAAACUUCCCAAACUCUCCACGUAGUGUCGCUUUUUAUGAUACAAUUCAGCUCCUGUGUCGAUCCUGUUAUAUACUUUCUGAAAAAUCCAAGAUUCAGAAAGGGAUUGUAUCAUAUGGUUAAAUGUCAUUAG